GGGUACCCCGUUAGCUGCAGUUUAGUUAAAGUGUGACUGAACAUUGGUGCAGGAUAUAUACAGGGAGGAAAGUGUUUGGUCAUCGCCAGACAGCAAGACAACACAACACAGACUUCACCACAGACGUCAGCCAUGAGGAUCGUUAACAUCGGUCCAGAUCCGUCUCUGUCAUAUCGUCCAAAUCUAGAGAAGAAUGAAACUAAACAGAAGCAAGACUACAGAAACUUUGAGAGUGGAAGUCUAAUUGAGCGUGUGUUUAACACAUACAAGCUGAUGCACACCAACCAGACGGUGGACUUUGUAAAACAAAAGUACUCCGAAUGGACCAGCUGCAAACGCACUCAGAUGGGGAUGAUGGACACCGUCAUGUCUCUAGACCAGCUGGUGGACGAGUCCGAUCCUGAUGUGGACUUCCCCAACUCCUUUCACGCCUUCCAGACUGCUGAGGGCAUCCGCCAAGCACACCCAGACAAAGACUGGUUCCAGUUGGUAGGUCUGAUCCAUGAUGUUGGGAAGACAAUGUCUCUUUGGGAUGAACCCCAGUGGGCUGUAGUAGGCGACACUUUCCCGGUGGGCUGCAAGUUUCAAAACUCGAUUGUGUUCAGAGACAGCACCUUCCUGGAAAACCCAGAUGACAAAAAUCUCAGAUACAAUACUGAAUAUGGGAUCUAUGAACCAAACUGUGGGCUCGAAAAUGUCCUCAUGUCUUGGGGCCAUGAUGAGUAUCUCUACAGAGUUAUGAAGUUCAACAACUGCCCCAUCCCAGAAGAGGGGUUGUACAUGAUUCGCUUUCAUUCAUUCUACCCUUGGCACAGCCAUGGAGACUACAUGCAUCUGUGCAAUGAUAAAGACCGGCGCAUGCUGCCCUGGGUUCAAGAGUUCAACAAAUUCGACCUCUACACAAAGACCACUGAGUUGCCCGCCGUCGAGAAGCUCAAGCCAUACUACCAGUCUCUGAUCGACAAGUACUGCCCUGGAAUACUGAAGUGGUGAAACAGACAACGCAGAAUUCAACAGCAACAUUAUGUUGUCAGAAAUCAAAUGAUCCAGAGGAUGAUUAGAGUUGUUGAGUAACUCAUAACGUACACACAUUACUUAUCUCCGGAUUUAUAACUACUCAUAGUAUAACCUGAGUGACCGUAUCUAUCUUAUAUGUAGUGACAAUUCAUGUUAAAAUGUAAAUAUAUAUAUGUACAUUUUCAAAUUGUAAAAAAUCCAGAGAAGCCUUUAUAUUUUUCUGUAUUUUAAUAUGAUAUAAAAAGACAUUUUAAAAGCA